CAACAACCACGCCCUAUGUGACUUCAUACCAAACUACUCCCGUUCUACUCGUUGCUCGAAGGAGCAAUUUCCUCGCCUCAAGACUGCUCGAUCUUUCCUGGUAAAAUGGCGACGAUAUCUACAGUACUGAAGGAAAUUAGUAAAGACUUUUUGGAAUGUGGUAUUUGUUUUGAGCGGUACACAAAUCCCAAAAUCCUCAGAUGCGUGCACAGCUUCUGUGAACAUUGCUUAGUUCAGUUAUUUGGCAACGAUGUAGUAAAACCUUGUCCAGUGUGUCGGCAAGAGACGCGACUACCUGCGCGCGAGGGCGUCGGUGGACUCAAGACCAAUGGGUUCCUGAUAACGCUGAUAGAGAAAAUCGAGCUCAAGGAGAAGAUUGCCAAAACCUUAGACAAAGAGGAACGUACAGUGCCUUGUGAUUUAUGUACUGAGAACGAGGUUACACAUCAUUGUUUAAACUGCUCUCAGAAUAUCUGCCAAGGCUGCAUGAAAAUUCACAAGCGAAGCAAAGCUUUGGCUGAUCACACAGUCGGAACCUUGAAAGAUAUUCGCGAGGGAAAGGUUACUUUACCAGAGGUACAGAAGGAGUACACAUGCAUCAAGCACAUAGGUGAGACCAAUCGAUUCUACUGUGAGACAUGCCGUGUCUUGAUCUGUCGUGACUGUACAGUUGUAGAUCAUUGCAAACCCACGCAUAAGUACAUUGAUCGCGCGGCAGCUGCAGCCAAAUACAAGAAAAAUUGUAAUGAAAUCUUCCCCAGAUUCACCAAUCAAAUCAAAAAAUUACAAGCAUGCUUAGGGAGUGUAAAUACAGAUCAAGAGGAAUUUGAAAAGAAAGUUUCACAAACAGUGCAAGAGGUUAAAAAGGGAGCAGAUCGGUUGAGGGACAAGGUAAAAGCCGAAGAAGACCGAAUUCUUGGAGAGAUCCAAGAACUAAAGGAGGAUCGUAGCACAGCAUUUGAAGAACACAAAGAAACAAUAACUGCUUUGCUUCAGAGGAAGCAAAAUACGCUAACCAUCGCAAGAGAUGUAACCAACGUAGGCUCAGAGAGCGACUUUCUGUCUUUAUUUCCAAUCAUCAAACAACAUUUGAGUAUCUUAAGAGGUGAUGUCCCCCCUCGAAUUUACGCCGAUUUCCACUUCAAGCAUCUCGAUCAGACUGGGUCCAUAAUCGGCAAACUGAAUGUCGGAAGAGAGUGGAAGCUGUGUCGCGAAGUCGGUGGGAAUUUGCCCGGGUUGGAUGAGACGUUUUGGGAUGUAGCAGCUGUAGGAAGUGGCAAGCUUGCAGUUACUACCACUAACAGCCGAUUGGUUAUCUUUAACACUGAUGAUGGUAAAACCAUUCGAGCGGAUGAACUUCAAGGCACUGGUCCUUUUAACAUUACAUCUGUUCUGUGUGGCCCAGUGGUUGUUGAUGACAACGGAUUUGUUCAGAAAUACGACAAGGAUUUCAGGCAAGUUUGGAGCGAAAUCCCCCAUGAAGGGGGAAACGACAUUCUGCGCUCAGGCAUCAGCUGGCGAAGAAUGGUCUACAAGGCGGAUUCAGUGUAUAAAGGAAAAGGUCGCCGCUCGUGUAUCUGUACGAAGAGAGACGGCACUGUUGUGGUAGGACAUUCUAGCGAGAGUGGGUUAUCCUUUUACCAAAAUAUUGGUAGUGGGAUCACUGUUAUACCACUGGAGAAGCCAGCAGGGUUCUUGGCCACUGACUGCAAUAACAGAGUGGUUGUCGGUGGCUUUGAUGAUGAUAACCAAGUUAUUGUUAUCGAUGACCAAAACGCUACCCUACUCACCAUCAAACCCACCAUGAAUGGUCAACCCGUCGACUACUGCAGGGGCAUAUGCUGCGACAACUCGGGUAUCUACGUUGCCGUUAGCAACCGUGACCCUGUGUCUGGGCACAUCCAUCAUUAUGAUAGUUAUGGGAAAUUCAUCUCCUGUAUUAUUCAGGGUCUUAGUCAACCAACGGCAAUCACAAUCUGGGAAGAUGGUCAACAACUAGCAGUCUUAGUAGACAAGGCAAAGGUGAAAAUUUACCAAAAGGUAUAAUUUCGUCCCCUGUGUUACAUACGGAUUUAAUUAGCCCCAAACAAGUUAAUACUAUAACCAGCCACUCUUGGUAGUGGCUACAGUAGAUUGUGGGAUGGAGGGAAACUGGCACAAAGGAGUUCCAGCUGAAGAUGUUCUGCAUCUCAGCAAUGUUAUAGUGUUAGACAUGGCUAGACUGAGAACAAACAAAAAGCCUGGUUUUAACCACCCAAACAUCCCGAUAAUAAUGAACCAUUGUAGCACAUGUAUUUUACUGGUCCUAACGUUGGACAAAAUUUCCGAACAAGAUAUGCAUUUUAAGUAGUAUUAACAAAUAUAACUUAUACCUACAUCAAUGUCAUUUGUAAGCAAUUUUCUUUUCAGUAAUUCUAUUACAGUAUUAGCACUAAAUUCAAAGUAUUUCAGAAGCUUGGCUUAAAGGCAGGGGACACUAUGGGUAAGACUCAACAUAAUUAUUAGCAUAAACCUUUACUUGGUAA